GUAGGUCAGACGGUGACUCGCAAUUGUGAAACUUCACAUGCAGUGGUACUGGUCGACCUCACAGUUUGGAGCCUGGUAACCAUGGUAACCUCAAUGCUGAACAUCAUCAGAAGAGUCUGUUGCCGGCAGGCAUACCAUCACCAACUUAGCCGACUGGCCACUGCCUCUACCCAGACGAGAGGCCUGAUGGCCGGCCCAUCUAUGAGACCUCAGGAGGGUCAGGGUGUUACUCCGAGGAGAGCAGUUUUGUACGUUCCCGGAAGCGAUGAACGCAAACUUGCCAAACUCUCUGGUUUGACGGUGGACUGUGCUGUCAUGGAUUGCGAGGACGGUGUGGCAGCCAAUAGGAAAGACGUUGCAAGAGAAACGAUCAGAAAGACCCUCGGUUCGCUACACCUGCCGACUGUUGGGGAUUUGGCCGUCCGCAUCAACGCUGUCGACAGCGGGCUGGCUGAGGACGACUUGAAGGAGGUGUUGCAGGCGGAGAGGCUGCCCGAUACCCUCAUGAUACCCAAGGUGGAGUCAGUGAGCCACUUACAGUGGCUUGCGGACAAGCUCAGCGCCCACUUCGGCCCCAACCCGCCCUCAUCCCCCUUCAAGCUGGUCAUCUUUGUGGAGAGCGCCCUCGGUCUGCUGAGACUGGCCAACAUAUGUGAGGAAGGUCAAAGGUUAUCACGGACAACUCCAUUCUUCACACUAGAAGGGGUGGUUUUUGGAUCGGAUGACUUUUGCGCUGACAUAGGAGCUACCAGAACACCAGAAGCAACCGAGCUGUUGUACGCUAGACAGAAGGUCGUCACCAUUGCCAAAGCAUACAGACUGCAAGCUAUUGAUCUGGUCCAUAUAGACUACAAAGAUUUGGAUUCCUUAGAAAAGCAGUCAUUGGAAGGAGCUCGCAUGGGAUUCACAGGCAAGCAAGUGAUCCACCCGAAUCAAAUCCCAAUUGUACAGAAAGCGUUCAGUCCCUCCCCUGAGAGAAUGGAAUGGGCCAAAGCCCUCAUUGAAGCCUUUGAAGAGCACCAGCACUCGGGGAAGGGAGCCUUCACUUUUCGGGACAGCAUGAUCGACAUGCCCCUCGUUCUUCAAGCCAGGAAUAUACUGAAGAUGGCCGACGUGACGAAAGACAAACCCCAAUGAUAAAUUUUGUGGGACUGAUGAAGACUCUGUCAGUUUGAACUUUCUCUAAAAAAGUGGCUCCACUUCACGACGCCCUCCAGCUGUCGUUGACUGAGUAGAAAUAAUAACAAU